CCCUCCCCCUCGCUGAGCAACAGUUGCUGCAAGUUUCCGAGGACCAGGGACGCUUCCCAAGUUGUGGCAAGAACAAGAACAAGAACAAGAACAAGGAGAAGAGGAAGAAGCCGUUCGGAGCGGUCCCCUUGAGGCAACCAGCUUCUAACCCGGCCCGGCACGGAUGCAACACCAUCUACAGACUCGCUGCAAAUGCAUUCAACCCCACCCACCCCCCAAAAAAAAACUUCGGAUAUGACGCUUCGAUAUAUCACUGGUGCAAGUUACAUGAACUCCGAUGGAACUUAAAAGAGAUAAUUGGAACACAUUUUUUCCUGAAACAUUCAACUGAGGGAUUCCUGUCCACUUUAAUAAUGUGUUGGUAUUAGUAUCGUGCUGUUGCGGGAAUUUAAACAAUGCAAAGGGAAGCUGAUCAAGUGAAACAUCGUUCAAGCACUAAUCCUUCCAUUCGGAUGAGAAAUGUUGACAUUGCCAGAGGAAGAACUGGCUAUGGAUUUACUCUAACUGGGCAAGCUCCGUGUGUGCUGAGCUGCAUUCUCAAAGGAAGCCCAGCACAUUAUGUCGGCCUUAGACCUGGGGAUCGCAUACUCAGUGUGAACGACAUUAAUGUCUCCAAAGCCUCCCAUGAAGAUGUGGUGAAACUGAUAGGACAGUGCACGGGUGUGCUUCGACUUGUUAUUGCCGAUGGUAAUAACCACUGUGACACAGGUUCCAGUGAUGAAGAACUUAACUUCACUGAAGACAAAGUGACAUGGGGGAACAAUAAGCCAAAGUCUAAAGUAUUGGGACUAAAUAGGGCCGAAAAGGUUGUUGCUGAUGUACAGUCAGGUGGGAUUUUUAAAAUGCUAUUUGACAAUACCGGUAGUUCCAGAAAAUAUGUUCGGAACUGUACACAGCAGCAAAGACAAGGCUCUGAAAAAAUCAGUGGGCUUCCCAUCGGUCGUAAAAGUGUAAAAAAUAACCACAAUUCCCUCUCUGAAGAUGAAGUACUAAAGGUGUUACACGAUGACCCUGUCUUUGUCAAUGGCCUGGAAAACCCAGAUGGAUUUGGUCUUGAUGCUAGCAUUUUGAACGUUGGGAUGAUUGUAGGCUAUUUGGGUUCCAUAGAAUUGCCUUCGACAAGCUCCAAUCUGGAAAACGAUAGCUUGCAGGCCAUCCGUGGGUGCAUGCGACGCUUGCGCGCUGAGCAGAAGAUUCAUUCCCUUGUCCUGAUGAAAAUAAUGCACGACUGUGUUAAGCUUUUUAAUGAUAAACACAGUGUAUUGGCUUUGUACCCAGCAGAAAAAUUAGCCUUCAGUGCUGUGUGCCCCGACGACCGCCGAUUCUUUGGACUGGUCACCAUGCAGAUGUUUGACGAUCAUAACCUCGCUGCUGACGGUGAUGGUGGAUUGCGGACUUCGUGCCACGUCUUCAUGGUCGAUCCGGAUCUUUGCCAGCACAAAAUCCAUCAGGGAAUUGCGAGGCGAUUUGGUAUUGAGUGCACGCCAGACCCAGACACCAGCGGCUGCUUGGAGUUCCCUCCAUCCUCUCAACCCGUCCUUCAGUUUGUAUCAGUGUUGUACAAGGACAUCGGGGAGUCGUUUGAAAAUGCACGCGCAAGAGCCUUUCUCGAUGGGGACUCGUCUGAUGGCCAGCAGAACAACAGUAUUAGUAGUAACAGUGAUAGCGGAAUUGGAUGCUACAGCCAGGAGGAAAAGAAUAGCAGAGUGUUGGUUGUCGAUCUAGGAACCAAUUCAAACAAACAUCCUCCCACUGCCGCCAGGGGUAACGUACAAGGCAAAGGACACAUUCAAGGUACUCAGUGGAAUGGUUGUCGUCAGGACAUGGAAAACAAAUUUCUUGCUUCUCGGCUCUCAGAGUUUGCACAGAAUGAAUGUUCUUUGCAUAACGGUAGCAGACAUCUUAAUCACUCCCGGCUGGAUGUACCAGGAACAUCUCCGCGGUCCGUGUUUAAUUCAAGCAAGAAAUCCGAUGUGAACGGGGUGCCAUGUGGAACUCCAAGGUGGCUCCCCGUUCACGUCCACAAGGAUUGGCAGUAUUGCAGCAGUAGUGACCAGGAAUCCUACGCGGAAUCCACAGACGGAUUAUCCAGUGUCAACCUCAGUACACUGAAACAGGACCUUCCUCCUCCAAUGAGCAAGAUUCAGACAGAGAAAUACAGAGUUGGAAGUGGCUUAAGCCAGCCCUUUCGAAAUGCAGCGCAAAAGAAUGAACUGACGAACAAAUUGUUUGGCAUGGAAAAAAUGUUUGGGAUCCAACAAAAUACCAAGAAAAGCAAAGAUAACAAGGGUGCGAGGUUUUCUGCAAUUUCUGUAGGAUUCUUACAAGCUGCCCAACGCUCUUCAAUCCGGAGAUCAUAUGGACGGUCGAAGCGUUUCAGCAUAACUCGGUCUUUGGAUGAUUUGGAAACAGCGGCCGUCUCCGAUGGAGAGUUAAAUGGUGCCGAUCUCAAGAACUACAACAGUGCGAACAGCAUCAACAGCAAUGCCAGCCUUCCCAGUGUCCAAAGCUGCAGAAAGCACGGAGAGCGACAGGUAGCCAGCUGGGCUGUGUCCUUUGAACGGCUUCUCCAUGAUCCAGUUGGCAUCAGAUAUUUCUCCGAAUUUCUGAAGAAAGAAUUUAGUGAAGAAAACAUAUUGUUCUGGCAGAACUGUGAAUACUUCAGCCAGAUCCCUCAGCAGGACAAGAAACAGCUUUUGUAUAGAGCACGGGAGAUCUACACCAAUUUCUUAUCCAACAAGGCAGUGACCCCGGUCAAUAUUGACAGCCAGGCGCAGUUAGCUGAUGAUAUUAUCAACGCACCACAUCCCGAUAUGUUUAAAGAGCAGCAGCUGCAGAUUUUUAGCCUGAUGAAGUUUGACAGCUAUACUCGUUUUCUGAAAUCAACGCUGUACCAAGAAUGUAUGCUGGCAGAAGUGGAGGGUCGUGCCUUGCCUGAUCCCUGUCUGAUACCUUGCAGUCCUGCCUCAAAGCACAGCGCCAGCUCAGACCGGUCCAACCUCUCUACCCCAAACAAGUCCAGCACAAAAUCUAAAUCAACCAGGCUACUAAACAGUGAAUUUGAAGAUGACUAUGGCAAUAAGAAGAAGGCCUUUUUUUCCUGGUCACGAAGAAGUCUGGGACAAACUCAGAAGAGGAAAGGGAAUGGAGAUUCACACGUUGACCUCUCUACAAGUAACGGGCUGUCUCAGUGGCAUCGUGAAUCAUUCGGAUCCAUGUCUUCAUCCACUAGCACAGAGUUAAUGACAGCUGACUGUCCAGGAAAUAACAGACAAGAGCCUGAUUCCACCAAAGUGCCUGCGACAGAGAAAGAAAAGUCUUCAAGACACUGCACUGUGAUUCUUCCAGAUGGUUCCUUGCGCACACUUUCAAUCCAGUCUGGCAUUUCUAUUCGACAAUUGUUGACGGAUCUGUGUGAAAAGCUACAAAUUCAGCUAGCAGCCACAGACCUCUUCCUGGUGGGGGGUGACAAGCCUCUUGUACUUGAUCAAGACUGCUGCACGUUAAAUUCAAGGGAGAUUCGAAUAGAAAUGCGAACACUAUUUCGACUCGAUCUUGUUCCUAUAAAUAGAUCUGUUGGUUUAAAGGCCAAGCCUACCAAACCAGUGGCUGAAGUGCUCCGACCAGUGGUGGCAAAAUAUGGCUUGAAUCUCGGCGAGUUAGUGGCUAGAAUUAACGGGGAAUCUGAAAUUUUAGAUCUUGGAGUUCCUAUCUCCAACCUUGAUGGGCGCCGUGUUGUUCUAGAUAUUGCAGAUCAUGUUAAGGGGAAAGACAGACAGAAGAACACAGGAGAUAAAGUCAGCUCUUCCAAUAAUGGCACACACAAUCAAACUGGAAAGGAAGCUGGAAGACCUCUGGGAAAACCCUCUUCAGUGAAAGUGAGAGGAGAAAAUGGAAAAUCUUCCAAAGAUGCACCGGUUCUGAAGAAAGAAGAACUAAUUCAAAGGGCAAAUAGGAGGAGACAGCAAAAGCUAAACAUGGAUGAGGUGGAAGAGUUUUUUGACCUUCUGUCCAAAGCUCAGAGUAACCGAGUGAAUGAUCAGCGUGGACUUCUGAAGAAAGAAGACCUUAUCCUCCCAGAUUUUCUGCGCCUGAAGCCAAACGUAUCUGAACCUGGUUCCUCCACACCUGUGGGAAGUAAAGUAAAUGGUAGAAAGAGAGAGGAAAGAGCCCAAAAUUUGCACAGGAGCGUAAUGUCUAAUAAGUUAGAUCAUGCAGACUCCAGCACAGCUAACCCGCCUGCACUGAAUUUUAAUGAAAACUCCAACAAUGUGAAAGUCAAGCCAACUCAUCAGCACGAUAACUGUCAUCGACCGGUGUUAGUGCCACCCAGCUUUGUAAAGUCAGAUACUAAGCAAACUAACAAUGCUCCUUUCCAGGCGCCGGUUUCUCCCAUUGCACGUAUCAAUGAACAGAGGUGGGAAAAGCAGCCUGCAGACGAGCAGUCGGAAACCGCACAGCCUUACGAGGAGGAGAAUGCAUUUGAUCUGACUCUGGUGGCAGAAGGUGAUAUCAAUAGCCCAAACAGUACUUUAUUACCACCUCUGCCAACACCACCAUCCUCUGUCAGUAAACUGGAGGUAGCUAACUACCCUCCACCAACUCCAAAUACAGAUGGUCAGGAGAACUCUUCACACUGCAGAUCCACUUCAGAUUCGACAAAGGAAAUGGGAAAGGCAGCGCGGAUGAAGUCUCCUUGCCCUGAGCAGAGUUCCAACACGCAGACGAGUGUAAACACCACUGCUAUGACCGCAAGCACUAACCACUCCCAGCUGGGGCUUCCUGUAAGCAAGAUUAUUGACAUCGAUGGUGUGAGGUCAGGAGAGGCUGGAGUGCUAUCCAAGGGGUCGGACGGGAACCUGAGUUUCGAAGGAUAUAUUUCUGAACUGAAAGGUUGCCAGGGAAGAAUGCGUACAGGGGUUUAUCGGAUGUCGGAACUACCAUCACUGAUCGCAGUAAAGAGUGAAAGGAGUAAGACUCUGGAGGCGCGACACAAGGCCACGUUUGUCUGAAUCCACCACCGAGGUUUUCAUUCAGAAUAAUCACAAUACAUUGCCUUAAAUAAUAUUUGGAUUAAAAUUUAAAAUGAAUUCCAAACAGCUCAAUAAUUAGUGUACAAAACGUAGUCACCUUUUUCCCCCAUAUCUAAUUUAGAAUUAUUAAGCAAAUACCGUACAGUGAGCUCAUGAAAAAUGUACAACUUUGCAAAAUAAAAUCUGUUGAUGUUAGACUUAAGGAAGAAUUAUUAUAUUGAUUCCAAAAUGUAUGAUUGUCAUGGAUAGAAUAGGCAAGUAAAACGUUGACCUUU